AUGAUCAAUCAUAAUUCAAGAGGGCUAGUGGGGGAUUUGGUAGAUGCGGGUGUAUAUGAAGAGGAUUUUGAGUUGGUUUGGGCAAAUAAGAGAGAUGAAGAUGGACAUGAUGACGAACCUUCUAUUCAAACUCCUCCGGUCCUCCAAGCCCCCAAAGGACCCAAAGCCAGCACUGCAAUCCACAAGUACUGUGCCAUUGACUCAUGA